AUGAAAAGAAGGAAUAAAAUCAGCAAUGGGUGGUGGCGACGGUCGGAGACAGCAGCGGUGGUGGGUUGUGGCGGCGGUGACGUUGGUGUUCGGUGGCCGAGGGUGGCGAUGGUCGGCAGUGGUGCCGGUGUUGUGGCGAAGGGUGGUGGCAGCGGGUGGCGGAGGUUGUCGGUGGUAGUGUCCAGUGGUGGCGGCGGUGUUCGGUGGCGGAGGGUGUCGACGAUGGUGGGUUGUGUUGGUGGUGUUCGGUGGUUGGUGGUGGCGAUGGCUCCGGUGUUCGGUGGUGGAGGGGGUGGUUGCGGCGGUGGGUGGUGGCGGUGGCACCGGUGUUCGGCGAUGGCGACAGCGGGUCGUGGCGAUGGUGGCGCCGAUGGUCAACGAUGUAAGGUGGUGGCGGCGGAUGGCUAG